AUGAUAAUGUCGAUGAUGAUCAGUGAAGCUGAGAACCAUGAAUACUCAGUAGAAGACUUGCGAACGGUGAUCAGCGGCAGUGCGGCCGUCUCCAAAGAUCUUUUCGACGAUUUCCGAGAGGCGUUCCCAUUCGUCAGGAACAUUAUUUCGACGUACGGCAUGACAGAGGUCGGCUUGAUAACGAGGACUGCACCUAGUGAAAAGUACUCAACGACGUGCGGUAAAUUAGCCGCAAAUCUUUCUCUAAAGGUUACUAAUAUUUCAGGAGAUAUCGGGUACUAUGACGACGACGAAAACCUUUACCUCGUCGACAAAUUCAAGGAAAUGAUAAAAGUACACGGUUAUCAGGUCAGCGACACAUUCAUCGACUGUCAAACAGUCUCCAGACGUUGA